AUGGCUUAUGUCAAUUUUACUUUGGUGACUGAAUUCAUCCUUUUGGGACUAACAGAUCGCGCUGAGCUGAAGGUGCUUCUCUUCGUGUUGUUCCUGUUGAUCUAUGCCAUUUCUUUGGUGGGCAAUCUAGGAAUGCUCUUUCUAAUCCAAAUAACUCCCAAACUCCACACACCCAUGUAUCAUUUCCUCAGCUGUCUGUCCUUUGUAGAUGCCUGCUAUUCUUCCGUUUUUGCACCCAAAAUGCUGCUAAACUUCUUUGUUAAACAGGAGACCAUCUCAUUCUCUGCGUGCAUUGGGCAGUAUUUUUUGUUUGUGUCCCUCCUUACCACUGAGGGCUUUCUGCUUGCAGCAAUGGCUUAUGAUCGCUAUGUGGCCAUUGUGAACCCGUUACUUUAUACAGUGGCUAUGACUAAAGGAGUCUGCACCAUGCUUGUAUUUGGGUCGUGUGUGGGAGGCUUAAUCAACUCACUGACACACACAAUUGGCUUAGUGAAGCUGUCCUUCUGUGGGCCAAAUGUCAUCAGGCACUUCUUCUGUGACCUUCCUCCCCUGUUGAAGCUGUCAUGUUCUGACACAUCCACGAAUGAAUUGCUGCUCUUAAUCUUCUCUGGUGUUAUUGCCAUGCUCACUUUCUUGACCAUGAUGAUCUCCUACAUCUUCAUCGUGGCUGCCAUCCUGAGGAUCCGUUCAGUGGCAGGUAGACGUAAAGCCUUCUCCACCUGUGCCUCGCAUCUCACAGCUGUGACCCUCUUCUAUGGCUCCAUAAGCUUCAGCUACAUUCAGCCAAGCUCCCAAUACUCCUUAGAGCAAGAAAAGGUGGUGUCUGUGUUUUACACCCUGGUGAUUCCUAUGUUAAACCCACUGAUUUACAGUUUAAGAAACAAGGAAGUGAAGGAUGCUGUAAAAAGGGCUACAACUAUGAAACGUUUUUGUCCUUAA